AACAUGUCAUAUUUGUUGAAGACUUCAAUCAAAUGGCUAAUGAACAUCAAUCGGGUAUUGAUUAUGUCUUGAUCUAUUUUAAAUAUAUAGGUGAAGAUGAAAGAGCUGUGUUAUCUGUGUAUAUUAAGAACUUGAUUCAGCAGGGUUUGAAAACAUUAGAAGAGGAAAUAGGAGAGGUUUUAGAUAACUAUGUUUGUAUAAAAAUACAUGCGCCUGACUCGGUUCUAGAGAGCCUAGCAGAAGUAUUUAAAAUUGCACUCACCAAAAACAACCCACAUUACAAAAUUCAAAAAAUUCGAUGGAAGUGGUUUGCCAAUAUUUUAACUAGACCAAAUGAAGACGAUCCAAUUGUUCGCAAAGGAAGAGCCAAUGAUACUCUAUCUGGAAAACAGCCCACCAGUUUCACAGCGUCUGAACGAAUUUACAUUGUUCAUAGACUCUUGACAUCAACUACAUUUGGAAAUUUACCGGGUGAUAAGGGUUUCGAAGCUUUGAUUAAAAAACGUAUUCUGUUGGAUGCUUAUCCUUUACACGAUUCUACAUAUCAGUGGACUGAAGAAGGUCCCCUGUCAGAUCGACAGCUUUUAGCAAGAUACUGGGCUAGUCUGAGAUGUUUCUACAACUACCAACCUUUGAAUUUGAUAGAGAAGCAUUAUGGUCCAGAAAUAGGAUUUUAUUUCGCCUGGAUGGGGUUUUACAUACAAUUGCUGAUUCCUGCUGCUAUCCUGGGAUUAUUGUGUUUCUUUGCAGGAAUAGUAUUAUACACCCUCGACACCGAAUUUAUCCAAAAGGAAGUAUGUGAUUCCAAACAACUAAUUUGUCCUGUUUGUCCUUCAGUAACUACCUGCGAUUUUGUUCCCUUGAAGAAUUCAUGUGAAAAAUUCAAAAUAGCUUAUGUCUUAGAAAAUAAUAUCACGGUUGAUUACUCUAUGCUUAUGAUAUUUUGGGGGGUUAUUUUCUUGAUAUCAUGGAGAAGAAAAGAAGCAAUGUUGAAAAUGAGAUGGAAUAUUCAUCAAGUGCCACUGGAUCGGGUGACAAGACCACAAUUCAUUCAACAAGCUAGCUUGAACAGAAUUUCUUCUAUUACAGGAGAAAAGGAGUAUUAUUUUUCUAUAUGGCAUAGAAUAUUAUCCUAUACUCUAUCUUAUAGCGUAUUUUCAAUUAUCUUUGUAGCAUACGUCAUUGGUCUAGUGGUUGUUAAACUCUUUCGCCUGAACUUCCACCAUUAUGGAAUGAGAAGCUCUAUAUUGAAAGGACAUUUGGAAACAUAUGAAAUGUUCGCAUCAUCUUUACUAUCGGUGGUGAUAAUUUACAUCUUCAAAUUGUUCAAGAACCGUCUGUGCCAAAAACUCACCCAAUGGGAGAAUCCAAGAACUGAUGCGGAAUUCAAAAUGCGAUAUCAAAUCAAAGCUAUAAUUGUGUCAUUUGGUAACACAUUAUUUCCCGUGAUAUAUCUGGCAUAUUUCAAGGGUAAAUUUUUCACACACCCUGGCGAUGCAACUCAAUGGAGCAUUUUGGGCAUUGGCAGAUCUGAUGUGUGCCCUCCUAGCGGAUGUCUGGUGGAUCUGAGCGUUCAGUUGAUGAUGAUAAUGGGGGUGGACAAUAUGGUCAAAAUAUUCAAAGGAACUUUCUUACAGUAUCUCUCAGUACGAUAUAAUCGAAGCAUUCGCAAAUAUAAGGGUCCCAAAGAGUUCACAAGGCAAUGGGAAGAAGACUUCAAUCUCUUACCAGUUGGGACGAACUUCCUCGAUGAUGCUUACAUCGAUAUGGCUAUACAACAUGGUUACAUGUCAUUAUUUCUGGUUGCAUUUCCAUUGGCCCCAGUUUUCUCUUUGGUCAAUAGCGUUUUGAAAAUGAGGUUCGAUGCGAUCAGGCUAUUAAAACGAUCGAGAAGAGUUAUCCCUAGAUAUAUGACAGGAAUUGACCAAUGGAAUACCGUAUUUCAAGUUAUCACCCUGUUGGGCGCUAUAGCAAAUCCCCUGUUGAUUACCUUCGGGAGUAAUUUCGUACCCAGAAUAUUGUACAGAUCACAAAAUGGAAAUUCUCUUACUGGCUUCAUCAACAGUACGCUGUCUGAAUUUGCCGUCGAUGAUUUCCCCGAAACUAGAAGCUUGGAAAAUGUCACUACUUGUCUCUAUUUUGGUAGAAGAUAUCCUCCAUCGCACUCAAGAAGUUACGAAUUAACGUCAGACUUUUGGAUACUGAUUGCAGUCAAAUCGAUAAUCUUCAUCUGUCUAGAGAAUGUUUGCCUGCUGUUUUCCUUGUUCCUGAACUAUGUUGUGCCCACCAUACCCAGAAAAGUUGAAAUAAAAAUGGAAUACGAGCAAGAGGUGUUGCGAGAGAUGAGGUUGAGGAAUAACGCUAUUUAGAAUUUUACUGAAAUAAUUUGCAAUGUACUAUACAUUUGAAUAAUAAAACGUG